AUGUAAGAAGUGACUUGUAAACCUCCGAAAUCCUUUGGUGUUAAUAGUACAAGUAGUCUCAUUGGAUAUUCAAAUCAAACUUUAAGAAUAUAAAACGAUGACAUAGUUUCAUUCAAUGUUGUUGUAUAGCAAGCAACAGAAAGGGAUACGAGCAUAGCUCUAUCAACAGAAGUAGUUUCAGAAGAUGGAAUAUUGAAACCUAAAAGUGAAAUUAAAUUCCUAUUAUACUAGAUGUGCCCUUAAAAGGUCGAUUUGACACCUGAAAAUUAUUGGACUCCUAUACUUGUGAAUGUUACAAUCAAUUAAGUAAGCUCAACCAACAAGGAUACAAUAGAAUUUGCUAUGAUAUUUACAUGUGAUAAAGCAUUCAGAGAUAAAACAUUUGAUUGGAGUCUACCUAUUUUACUAAUCAUUACAACCAUAUUGAUUGCAUUUUUAGCAAAACACACAAGAAUAAUUUCGUUUAAAUGGAGAGUCAAUGGACAUGACUUUUAAGGAUUUGAAAUCGGUUUUAUGAUUAUUGGGAUCUAUAUAUUAGCAUAUGCAUCUGGAGCAACAAUUGUGAUAGCUACUGCUUUUUCAGAUUUGAUUCGAUAUUCUUUGAUAGUAAUUGCUUGCACUAUUGGGACUCUUGCCAUUUUCUUUCUCUCAACAGAGUUGGCCUGUCUAUUGAAAGCAAACUCUUUUAUUAGAAAAUACAAUUUAAUAAUUGCUGCUGUCAUUUCUUUAUUGAUUGGACUGCCUUAUUAUUUUUGGAUGCCUUGGUACUUGAACGACAUAAUUUCUCUAGCCUUUAUUUUCCUUAUUGUAAAAUUCUUCAGACUCAAGAACUUAAAGACAGCAGCAGCUUUAAUGUUUUCUAACAUGAUAUUGGAUUCAACUUUUGCUAUUUAUAUUCAUUAUACACAGGAUCUAUCUUACAACACUACUGUGUUAUAAUACUUGAACUGUCCUUUAGAAUUACAAUUACCUUUGAUGAAAUUGCAAUAUGAUAAGAAUUGCGCUUGGAUUUCCCUGUUUAGUCAGGCUGUUCCAGGGUUAUUUCUAAGUCUGGCUUACAGAAUAGACAGGAGUAAAAGAACAUUUACUUAUGGUUUGGCAGGGGUGAUGUCAUUGAUAAUCUCUGAGGGUUUUUGGGUAUUGGCCACAGUGUCAGUGAAACACUCUAUUCCCUAGUCCUUAUUCACAUAUCCUAUUAUGUUGGGUGCUUUAACACUGAAUUCAAUAAGGAGAGCAGAAUUCAGUUCUUAUUUGUUUGGAGAUUAUUUGUUUGAUCAAAGUUAUUAUAGAUUAAGGGGAAUUAGUUUAGAGGACUGCAAAGAACCUUAGUUUCUUUUAAACAUGGAAAGUCUUCCCGACAUUAAAACACAUCCCACAGAUUUAUGA